AUGAAAGCUUUCGUGAUAUUCUUGGUCAUUCAGAAUGUUUUAGCGAGAGCGACGGGAAAAGAUGAGAGAAAUUUUGGAGGAAAUUUGGACUACGAUCCUAAUUCAUGCAACCUCCCGGAGAAUCGACAAAUGUGCGUUAUUCUGAGCCGUAUGAUGAGACCCAGAUCAGAAAACAUGAACGAAGCGCCUCCGAAGCGCUCUGUAAUGACGCCAGAAGCAGAUAUCUCCAGCGCAGAUAUACAAGCUCUCCUUGAUCGACUCGCGCUAGAAUUUUCCCCAAGCAUGUCCGAUAAUCCGGGGCUUCGUCCUCCAGAGCUUUUGGAACGCUCAGUGCGAACGCCAGAAACAGACAUUAUCGGAAGUCUACGACUCCAAGCUCUUCGAGAAAGACUCGCACGAGAAAGAGCGAUGAUGAGGAAUUUUGGUGGUGCCGAUUUCGACUUCUGA